AUGGAACAACGGGUCGACUUGCCGGAGAACUACUCCCAGUCCACAUUUCUACCCCCUGACGUGCCUCAUGUAACGGGAAACUCAUAUCGGUGGACUUCCAUCAAGAAGUCCCUUCCUACUCAGCCGUUCGAGGUGUGUUGGUGGUCAGGCCGCGCUACACAGGGUGUGGUCUUCUUGGAGGACGUCAAUCGUCCUCGAGGGUCCAGAUUCCCAUAUAUUUCCGAAAUUACCAAGGCUAUCUACGAGAAAGACUUCAAUAUUGACACUCUCAGGUAUGUGUUUGUGACUGACGUUGCCAACCCGAUUACUCGUGGGUUUAUCAUUGGCGUUCUUUGGCCCUCUAACACCCCGAACCCCCGAGUUAUAGGACCCGAGACCCCUGAAUUUCAAGUCAUGCUUGGUACUCCCAUUGGCAAAAUUGUUGCGUAUCUUGUCUUGAAUGCAUUUGCUCGUGGCACUCGGCGGAUUGCACGAAUUGUGCUUUGGCAUGAUAUCUAUGCCUCUCCUCAUCUAAGGUUUGACAUUGAGCAGAUUCAGUAG